AUGAGCGGUUCUGGGAAACCCCUCCUGGGUUUGUGGUUGUAUCGCAGCGGUGAGGAGUGGAGUUACAAGGAGGAGAGUCCGAUCGCUUUAAAAAACCUGUCUAAACCGACAUCGACGGAUCAGAAUUCGGCGACGGAAGUGGAAAAAAUUUCCAUUAUCUUCACCUUGAAAAACCAGGUGGGAGGUUUGGUACGGGCCCUUCAAGCUUUCCAGGAUUUGGGCAUCAGCGUCCAACACAUCGAGUCCCGCCCUUCCCAAACUGGCGACAACCAGGUGGACUUCCUGGUGGACAUCGAAUGUGAUCCCAAAAAACUGGAACAGCUUGGUCGCAUGCUUAAGAGAGAGGUGCUGACGAUGGUUAUUGGAAGUUACGGAACGGGGACAGAGGAGUUUCCACCUCCCACUCCAUUAUCCGCUACAACAAGCUUUGAUUUCGACGAAAUGCCGUGGUUUCCCAAAAAAAUAUCAGAACUGGAUAACGCGCAGAACGUUCUGAUGUACGGCAGCGAGUUGGACGCCGACCACCCCGGUUUCAAGGACCCCGUCUAUAGAAAGAGGAGGGAGCAGUUUUUCAGAAUCGCCAUGAACUACAAACACGGACAGCCCAUUCCGAAGGUCAAAUACACGGACGAAGAAGUGAAAACCUGGGGCGUGGUCUUACGCGAGCUGCACCGUCUUUAUCAGAGACACGCGUGUAAAGAAUACCUCGAGAACUGGCCGCAGCUCGUCAAAUACUGCGGCUACAGGGAGGACAACAUCCCGCAACUGCAAGACGUCAGCGCCUUCCUCAAACGCAAGACCGGCUUCCAGCUGAGACCGGUUGCCGGGUAUCUAAGUCCCAGAGAUUUCCUAUCAGGCCUCGCGUUUAGGGUUUUUCACUGCACCCAGUACAUAAGACACUCCUCAGAUCCGUUCUAUACGCCCGAACCCGACUGUUGCCACGAACUUUUGGGGCACAUGCCCCUCUUGGCGAACCCCAGCUUUGCGCAGUUCUCGCAAGAACUGGGACUCGCGUCUUUGGGUGCAUCCGAUGAAGACGUCAACAAAUUAGCAACGCUUUACUUCUUCACGGUAGAGUUCGGACUUUGCAAGCAGGACGGAGAACUCAAAGUCUACGGGGCGGGUUUGUUGAGCUCCGUCGCAGAAUUGGGCCACGCCAUCGAGAACGCAGAAACAAAAGUACGACGUUUCGACCCCGAUGAAACUUGGAAACAAGAGUGCAUCAUUACCGACUAUCAGCUUGGUUACUGGUACACCGACUCGUUCGAGGAAGCCAAAGAAAAAAUGAGAAAGUUCGCUGAAGAAAUUCAAAGGCCGUUCGGAAUCCGUUACAAUCCGUACACCCAGAGCGUCGAAGUGCUUAGUAACGCCCAGAAAAUCACUGCUGUGGUUUCCGAACUCAGGGGCGAUUUGUGCAUCGUCAACAGUGCUCUGAAGAAAAUCAGCGCCCGAGAUUCCACUUUGGACGUCAACAAAAUCGCCAAUCUUCUUCAGACCGGAUUGGUUACACGAGACGACAGCGAAAACGGAUCCGAUUUACCGAACGAAACCACUGACAAACCUAAAAUCUAACU